AUGACGGUAACAACGGAAACUCGUAAAAUCUUAGCUGCUCAAGGUAUCCUUCGAUUAAACGCCAUAGGUCUCCAAGAUCUGACCACAUUGUCAAGGAAACAGUCUACUAGUCAGGUUUCGACCAAGCUCGAUGAACUCUGCUCAGUAUUAUACGCCAUGUCAGCUCUGAAAUUUUCCGGAUUUAUCCAAGUGAUAUCUCAAAUUCAACCCAUCGAGAGUGUGAAGAAUGUCCAAUGGUUAAGUGUACCGAAUCCGAAGGGGACUGUACAGGAGAAAGCUCUGAUCACGUUAUGUCGCACAUCAUGGGAUAUAUUGAAACAACUGCCCUUGGCGACUAUUUCGGAUACAGACGAUGUCUUACUCACGAUCUCAGUCAUGCGACUGGCUGUCAAGAUUCGUAUUCAGCAAGGUUCUCAGACGGAUGAUAAAAGGUUCCGACAACUACUGGCUUGGUCCGUGAUUCUCUGUGCUGUUCAUAUACAACGCGGAUCAUUGUCAACAGACAAACGUAAAUUGCUCGCGGACGGUGUUAUGCAAGUAGCAACCGCCAUCGAUCUCGAAGACAUGCAACCACUCAUCGAUAUCGACGAUGGACCUCGGGGUCUAUACGCCGAGCAAUACCUAUGGAAUCAACUGCUGCCUGGUAUCAUAAACGAAAUGUACUUUAUCACACGCGAUGUCGUAUCUGUCGGUCGGAACAACCCUUUUUCCGAGACACGGCGAUUAUGGGAUCGAUUGGACGUGAUUUUUUCCUGGCUUGAUGCUAUUACAUUUGCGGUAUGGUCAUCUACCAGAUGGGAUUCGCACAUCAUCAAAAGUCAAAAAGCCAUGAACGUCUUGCGUACACUCUUUUAUACGGAGCUUUGCGUUUUGCAUACGGAUGUACUUUAUGCCAAAUCUAUACAAAGUCAAGUAUCAUCGGGCGACUUUGGCUUGAUAGAGCAUGUAGAUCUGAUCAACGAAACACAAAGUAGAAUUGAACAAGGGUUCAAGAGAAUUGCCAGGGGACUCAAACUUGUAAUGCCUUCGACUCCGCUUCUGUCGGAUUUGUUUCAGAUCUUGGACAAUGUCAGCUUCAUCUGUUCAGUGAUAGGCGACUCACUUCCUGAACAAGCAGAUAGGUUAGCUCUCGAAAACAUGAAUUUCUUUUGGGAUUGUCCAGCUUGGAAGAUAAUUACUAUGGUCGGGAACGGGAUUCCGGACAGAGCACAACAACCCGCGCAGUAA